AAUCAAAAACCUAUAAUCAUAUUGGUAUCAAUAAUUUCAUAUAUUUAUGGAAUGUACUACCAUCCAACAAGAAAUUUUAAAUUUGUGUACCAAUUCAAUUUUAUCAAUUGUAUGUGAGUGCGCAGGUUAUGCGCGUUAAUCGUAUUGAACGUUGAACAUGAUAUAUAUACGCAACAAUCACACAUAUAUAUUUGCACUAAAUUAUUUAAAUUAAUCAACACACUGGAACACGUACAGAUACACACCUUUCCAUACAUACACAUACCCACUUUGUAAGCAUACGUAAUUUGAUAUAAUAAACAGUGGAAGCACUGGAAACGAUGGUAGUCACUCCGGCCAAAAUGAUCAGCGACGAUUGUCUGUUGUUCUGUUUUAUGAUUUGAAUAUAUUCUAAUUAUUAGCAUCCUAUAGUUCACAUAAAAUUACAUUCCAUACUUACUUAUUCAAUAUUUAACUAUCAGGAAUAUUAGUAAAAUAUUUCCGAAAAUUGUAUGGAAAUUAUAUUAUUACUCAAUUGUGAAUUGAAAUUUUAAUCACUCGGACAAAGACAAAGACAAGAACUGUUGAAAACACAAAGGUUUUGACUAUCACAAACAACGUCAUAUUUUUCAUCAACAACAACGGUGACAAAGUACAAAACGAAAUAAGAUCAAAGACAUUGAUCAGAACAGCCCAAUAGAACGGGGUGAUGUAUGAAUUAUUAUUAUUCUUUGAAAUUUAUUUUCUUGUACAUUAUGCAUGGGAAUUUGGAUAAAAUUAGACUGGAUCUUCUAACUUAUAUGAAAACAAUGUAAUAUUGUAGUUUACGUGUGAACUUUGAAUUAUUUAUUUCAGAGAGCGAAAGGCAGAAAGUGGAAAAUAAAUAAUUAAAAAAUUGAAAACUCAACACCUGAUUUAUCAAAUCGGUCAUUAUUUCAUCAAUCAAUUUAUUGAAUAAUAAGUAACAGACAAAACAUAAAAUAAGUAAGAUCACUUUGAACAAAUUCAUGUUCAAUUCCCAGUGGACGUUGUCAAAUUUAUCACUAUUAUUGUCAGCUGUUUUGAAUUUAUUGGAAAUACUACUACUACGACGACUACCACUACAACUACUACUGAUAAUAAUAAUACUGGUAGUGCUACGACUGUUAUUAAUAUCAUUGAUUUUAAUUUUUUAUUAUUUAAAUCAUUCAUCUCAUUGUUAUCUCAUUAGUUUCUUUGAGUGGUUUAACAACUAUCUACCAUCAUCACAUUCACUCAUUUCCCCUUUUUCUUAUUUCUUGGAUUUAAUAUCACUAACAUUCUCAGCACUGACAUCCUCCUCGUUACUAUCACUGUCAUGGAUAUUCUGCAUAUUGUUUAGUGCCUUAGGUGUAUGGUUUUGGAAAUCAGUAUGUUACGUCAGCACACGAUUAUAUCAUCAGAAGGAUAUAAUUCUAUUCUUCGGAAACAGUAUUAAUGGUAUUGGUAAUUAUAGAAUUUACAGUAAAAUAAAUGUCAUACUACUUACAUUGUACACUGAUUCAAUCAUUCUCAUACAUAAACUUAUCAGUGGAUCGAAUUCCAGCGAUACAUUGAAGAGUGUAAUUGAAACAUCAAAAAGACUAAUACAACGUAAACAUUUAAGUCAUGGGAUGAGUACAUUAUUCACUAUUUACUUUGGAUUAUUAAUUUAUGUAGAACUAUGUGGAUUUAAUUAUGCUGAAAGUAGGCCGAUUUCAAGUAGGAAUGAACGUAGAUAUGGUAAUUUAGAUCUACAUCCGACUAAAUCAUCAACACAACAAAGGACACCAAAAGUGGUUAUGCCACCAUAUGACCUUGGAUUUAAAGGUCAAAAAACAGACGAACAGAACAAAGUAAAAUUAUAUCCGCUGUCAUCAUCACCAUUAAUGUAUUCUUCAUUUUUGAGUGAUUAUAAUGAUAAUUUCGAUCAAAUGAAAGGUUUUCAGUCAGAUGAAACAUAUGUACGAGAUUCUCAAAAACAGCAGCAGCAAAGAAAACAACACUAUCAGAGAGUAGGUCGUGAUAAUUUUAACUCACAAGAAGAAACUGACAAUGAUGACGAUAAUGAUAAUGUCGAAUUUUUCAAUACACGGUUGAUGUAUGGUUCGAAGUUGUCUCAAUCUAACCGUAUUAAUAAGAAUAGUGUCAGGUCAUACGGUGAAUCUCCAUCGGUACCAUCAUCCAUACCAUCUUUAACACAGAGAGAGACGAAUGAACGACUUGAUUAUAGAAGAGUAAAUCUUGCACCUUCUAAAUCAAUAAUACAAAAACAGAUAUCAUUUUCACCUUAUAAUCCGUAUACAAGAACGAAUAAUUAUCAAGAAUCACUUUACAUACCUGAACAACAAACUAUGUAUGAAAUGAGUACUCAACAGUACCCACCUCAACAAGAGAAGAAAUGGACCAGAAAAGAUCAUACUAAUAAUAAUAAACCAUUUCAACAUGAUGAAUUAUAUGGUAGUUAUACGGCUCAUAUGAAUCGUGAAAAUCCGUCUAGUUGGUUUCCUAUUCCCAAUUAUCAGAGCAAUAAUAAUAAUCCAUUAGACAACAGACCAGUGUAUUCACAACAAUCAAAAAUACCUCACCAACAUCAACCAUCUGCAAGUUUAAAUAGUUACUCGUAUUAUGGUAAUUCAAACCAAAAUACUGACAGUAAUAAUGACAAUAAUAAACGUAAUCCAUUAUCAUAUUUUCCUGAGAUUUCUGAUAUUCAAUUAUCUCAUUUAAUUUAUCAAUACCAAAUGGAAUUAUUACGUAGACAAACUGGACGUUUACCCGACACUGAUUAUCAAAUGGAGCAUAAUUACUAUAGUCAACCAGUUGAAUCAUCUUCACAUCAUUUACCUAAUUAUUAUCACUCACAAGAUUAUGGAUUACACCUGUCCGGAGUAAAAAAUCACGAUAAAAUUAUCCGAAAAUUCAAUAAUUUAGCUAAUCAACGAUUAAUGGCCGGUGUUGAUGAAUUUUUCGACGAACUGGAUCAUAAUAAAUAUGUUUGAAACAAUAUGGAAUUCUCAGAAUAAAGUAUUCCAACAGGUUUCUUUCACAGAACAAGAAAAAAAGUCGACAACUACAUAAAUAAAUACAUUAAGUAAGCAAAUAAACCAUCUAGAAUUAAAUCGAAAGUCUUAUAAUAAGAUAAGAAUCUGUAAAACUUUUCAUUUAGCAAAAUUUUUAAGGAUACAAGUUAUUGAAUAGGUCAGCCCUAAUAACCUGUUUUUCACAUAGUGUAAUGGCUAGAUAAGUUAUUGUAGAGCUUCUAUCCUUUUGCUAGGUUGAGUGGAUUCUAACGUAUUGACUCCUCGUUCUGCCAAAAGACAUACAAGGAGAAAGAUGUAAAUGAAUUAGAUGAUAACACUUGCCUAUAUUUCGCAGGAUUUUAUUUAUCUGUUCCAUAAUCAUAUUCGUAGUUACAUCAAAAUAUUUGCCACACGUUUCACUAAUCGCCUUCAGCAAUCCCCAUAACUCAGCAAAAUCGUUUCUCAAAAGCCCGGGAAAUAAUAAUCGAGAACUGUAAGGCAUAUUAGGUAAUGUACAAUAAUUUACAGGUUGCAAAAAUAAAUACUGAGUAAUUCCAAAGGCAUGUAGCCUGUUUGUAUAAUAAGUCAAGCAGAAAACUCUUCAAUAUCAACAAAAACAUGGGAAGUUCAAGAGAGAUCAUACAAGAAACUUACAUCAAGAUAAAUGAUCUUUGAAUCUGUUUUUGUCCAAGAAUCUCCAAUAAUAGAAAAUUUGUGGCAUUCUGAAAGGGUGUUUAACUGCUGUUCAUAUCUCAAGUUAUAAUAAACAGUUUAAAAUUUAGGAGGAUUAAGUAUGAAACGAUCAACAACAAUAUGAGACAAGAACUAUUUCAUUUCAAGGGGAUGUGCAGGGGUAGAAAUCGGUAUCCAUACAAUGAGAUCAUCCCUAUACAUGACAAAAGUGUUCUCUAUAAAAGAUGAGAGACCAUGGAGAAAAAUGAGAAGAGGAAAUAGAUAAGAACAGCUUCAUGAGGCACAUCUUCAUGCGUUAUUAGUGACGUUGAACACUUCCCUCCGAGCACAGUACACUGUUCUCUUCCAGAAAGGUAAUGAAACAACUAGCUGUUUGCGUUGGUAAACUUGUUUGGUAGUUGUGAUCUUGAGGUAGAGUAAAAGGGAUAUGUAUGGUAUGGAAAUAAGCAUCAAACGCACUUCUGGCUCUUCUUCAAGCCGAACACUAUAUUAUGAUUUAGAACAGCAGCAGCAUCUAAAAUACUUCUUUUAAAUUUGUAAGCAAAAUGAUAAGAAUCAAUCUGCUCUUUAAUGCAGGUUGAAGUAAGAAUAGCAAUAUUUUUUCCAUUGUUUUGAGAAAAAGUGCAGUUAUUGCUAUGGGUCUAAAUUUUCAUUCUUAUCACCAGAUACUUCUUAUAGUAUUUGAAUUAUCCUUCUCCUUAUUUUCGAUAUAAAAUUAGUCGAGAAAGAUUCGAUGAAGAUGCUCGUGAAUGGAUGACACAAAAUAUCAGCAUGUGGUGCAUGCUUCUUAUGUGGACAGGUAUAUGUAGUAUUUAGCAGGAAUGGGAAGUAGAAUGCUUAUCAGCGUAAGACUAAAAUGAAAAGAGCGUUUGGAAUAACAACAGAAUUAGAGAAUUACGGAGAAUGUGUAGGACAACUCAAGGAAGAUAUGUGAAUGACGUAUUUAAUGUAUGAUUUCCAUAAUUUACAAAGACACUGUGUGAUUUUGCAUAAUACUGUAAAUUGAUUUACCGUACUUGAGUGUUUGUUUACUACAAGCCCAUUACUUAUUAGGAAUGUUUGGAAUUUUGUUAUGUCCCAAACAGUGGGACAAGUUUAAUGACUGGAGACAUUUUCAAACAUUAAAUUCACUUGGUUUUAUUUGCUUGUAUCUUCCCAUUGUUGCUUAGGACUGCAAAUGAUAUGUGCAUCCUGCGUGGAUCGCUUCUGUGUUGCCUUCAGUCACAAGCUUUAUAAGCAAAGAUGGAUGGUGGGAUGCAGGUAUAUCUAGUUGACGAGCCCCGAAUAGGACGAAACAUGAUAGCCACAACCCAUCUUUGCUUACCUUCGGACGUUAGUUUCAAUGAAACUUGAGACACAACCAUUACUUAAACCUGUGGAUGAAAGAAGCAUGACAUCAGAUGAUCAACGUACAAAAUACAUAUUUAGGUCGAAAGUAUUCAGCUGAUUAUUGUCUUUAAUGCGUCUCUCACCUGUAAGCUAUUUAUAAAUAAUUUCCACAUGCUUGAAGAGUUUUUACAAGAUAGGAGUUAAUGAGUGAAAAUUGAGUUUAGACGUAUAAUCUCUAGGUUUAUUAGACUAUUUAGCAUUCUAGCUUCUAUGAAGUUCUUUUCCUUGUGACUUCUCUUAGUCUCCAUUCUUAAUCUUUUUAGUUGUGGGCAUGUAAGUCGAUCAAAACUUACAAAAAUAUUUACUGCACGGCAAUAAACAUCAAUUCAAUGUUUUCUAAUUAGUCAUUUGUAAAUGAAUCCCAGUUUGUCGUACUAAAGUUGUUUUCGACUUUCUUCUAAGCAAUUCCUACAUUUAGCUUUCACUGUUCGAUGUAAGAGUGUACUCAUUCCAAGCUUACCAUAUAUUUUAGGUGGAACAUGAAUAAUACAAAAAUCAGAUAUAAACAAUACAGCACGUUUAUGAGUCAGAUAUAUUUGCACAUCAUCAAUGAAAUAAAGAUAGUUCACCUUACCAAUUAGUGAUCGCAGUUCAGGAAUCGAUAUCUGAAUAACGUUCAUUCUUUUCAAUGCACAUUGUCAGCCUCCAUGAUGUCUCUGACUGUACUUUUACAUAGCUUGUAAAGCGACAGGUUGUAAACUUUUUAUAUGCAUACUUGAAUGGGUUAUGCGAACAAUGGACAUAAUCGGUGUGUUAAUAUGAAAAAGGGUAACUUGUUGAAAUAUGUAAAUGGUAGAAACAGGCAUCCCAGAUAUUCAAGCAAACCGCCUUGAAUGUUUUGGUGUCACAGUGGUUUAAAUGAACUUGUCUACUUCAAUCAAUGAUUGAAAUAAAUCUUAAACUAAAAUAUUUUCCUUACAGUUUGGUUUUUGUAUGUAAGCUAAAUUAUCAAAUUUCAAGGUGUUAUGUAGAUAUUUUAAAAGACAAAUCUAACUAAUACACUAAAAUUAAACGUACUUGUGUUGAAUUUUCACUUUUAUACACACUGUUGGUAACUUAAUGAAGUAACUAUGACAUUCAUCAGAUUAGUAACAGUUUACAGCAUGUGAGGAUGCAGUUCUUCGAAUGGAUUAAGAUGAGUGUUAAAUGUAAACAUUAUAGUCAAACAAGAUACUUUCUUUGUGAUUUAUACUUGUGUACUUUCUAAAAAUAUCGUAAUAUUACAUCUCGUUCCCAAUCUAACGCCAUUUUUCGAGAUCUUUUCAUUGAUUUUCGCUGACUGUGAACAAUGUUUUGGUUAUUCGUGCUGUUUUACGACUGAAUGGAUUGUAUUAAAUAUAUUCAAGUGUUCAAUGUUACAACUUUUGCUUACCCAGUGUGCUCUUCUGAAUUAAAAUUUUCAAGAAAUAAGACUAACUUUUGCUACGAAAAUCCUACUUAACAUUGUUUUUUUGUCAUUUGACACAAACAGAAACCUCUUUCAUAGAUAUCUUAUUUAAAGUAGAUAGGUUGUCAAAAUCUUGAAUAAACGGAUUUCAAAAUCUUUGUCUUAUCGAGCCGGCUUAACAUACCCGGAUAUGACAAGGAUAAACUUCUGCUUUAGGCUACAUGGAUGUGCAUCCAUAGUUUUUUUCCUGCUCUUGUGGAGCAGUUUUCAUUGACCGCAUAAAGGGAUCAGUUUCUGAAAAGCAUCUCAGAACAUUACACGGCGUGGCUUUGAAAGCGAGACUGGAAAACUAUCACCAGCUUAAAUUCAACUUAGUAUUGUUUG